AUGUCCACUGAUGCUGCUGAGGCGACUCCUAAAACAGGCUUCAAGGAUACGCACUAUCCGGGUGGAGGCAGGAUGUGGAUCGAGGGUCGGGAAGCCAUGGUCCACGUCGCCUUCUAUCGCAACUAUGGCAAGACCUUUAAGAGGCCUCGUCGUCCGUUCGAGAAGGAACGGCUCGACGCGGAGCUGAAGCUGCUCGGAGAGUAUGGUCUGCGUUGCAAGCGUGAGCUGUGGCGCGUGCAGUACGUUCUCUCGCGUAUUCGUAAGAAUGCUCGCGAGCUGCUCACGCUCGACGAGAAGAGCACUCGCCGCAUCUUCGAGGGCGAGGCUCUGCUGCGCCGCAUGCACCGCUACGGUCUGUUGGAGGAGAGCCAGAACAAGCUCGAUUACGUGCUCGCCCUGACUGUCGAGAACUUCCUGGAGCGUCGCCUUCAGACCCUCGUCUUCAAGACCGGCCUCGCCAAGUCCAUCCAUCACGCUCGUGUCCUCAUCCGCCAGCGCCACAUCCGGGUGGGGAAGCAGAUUGUGAACAUUCCGUCCUUCCUCGUGCGACUUGAGAGCCAGAAGCACAUCGACUUCGCUCUGACCAGCCCGUUCGGCGGUGGCAGGCCAGGCCAGGAGUGCAGGAAGUUCCUCAGCAACUACCGCGAUGAGGAAGGCAUCUUCAAGUACAUGCGAUUGCUGCAAGACGUGGCGGAUCGCAAGCUCCACGUCAUCAACAUCCACUUGGCAGACCUUGUUGCGUACGGCGGGGGCAGCAACGACGAGUUUGUGGCGCGCAUCUACGGCAACGCACGGCGCUACAUAACGCUGUUCGCCGAGGCAGCAGACGACCUCAUGCCGGAGCCAUCCCUGGCAGCGGGGGGCGAGGAGAGGGAGGAGGACGUGUACGACGUGCUCAUGCGGCAGCGCGCGGAGCAGCACGCGGAGAACCUGGCUCAGGGCGACGCUGCUGUGGCUGCCGUCGACCCGCUCUUCCAGCUGCCCGCCCUGCUGCGCCGCCGCUUUGACGUGCACUUGGUGCCGGAGCCGAAGCGCAAGGCACAGGCGAUACGGGAGGUGGGGGCGGGGCAGAUAGGGCGGCUGGUGGUGGUGAAGGGCAUUGUCACGCGCUGCACAGAUGUGAAACCGCUGCUGCAGGUCGCCACGUACACAUGCGAUGAGUGUGGUUUCGAGAUCUACCAGGAGGUGACAGCGCGCACGUUCAUGCCGCUGUUUGAGUGCCCCUCGGCACGCUGCCGCACUAACAAUGCACGGGGCAGGCUGCACCUGCACACGCGCGGCUCCAAGUUCCAAAAGUUCCAAGAGGCGCGCAUACAGGAGCUGGCAGAGCAGGUGCCCAAGGGGCAUGUGCCGCGCGCCAUGACAGUGCAGAUCAGGGGCGACCUCACUCGCCAGGUAUCACCGGGAGACGUGGUGAGUGUGGCGGGGGUGUUCCUACCGGUGCCGUUCGUGGGGUUCAAGGCCAUGCGCGCUGGCCUCACCGCAGACACGUACCUCGAGGCCAUGGCCUUUCACCACUUUAAAAAGCGCUUCUCCGAGUACGCGAGUGAGCAGACGCCAGAGGAGGCAGCGGCGGUGCAGCAGCUGGCAGCGCAGGGCAGCAGUGAUGUGUACAGCCGCCUGGCACGCUCCAUCGCGCCGGAGAUCUACGGCCACGAUGACGUGAAGAAGGUGCUGCUGCUGCUGCUCGUGGGGGCUCCCACCCGCAACCUACCCGAUGGCAUGAAGAUCCGCGGGGACAUACACGUGUGUCUGAUGGGCGACCCCGGGGUGGCCAAGAGUCAGCUGCUGAAGCACAUCAUCACGGUGGCGCCACGCGGGGUGUACACCACGGGCAAGGGCAGCAGCGGCGUGGGGCUCACUGCUGCCGUCACUCGCGACACCGUCACCGGCGAGAUGGUGCUGGAAGGGGGCGCUCUGGUGCUAGCGGACAUGGGCAUCUGUGCCAUAGACGAGUUUGACAAGAUGGACGAGAACGACCGCACCGCCAUCCAUGAGGUGAUGGAGCAGCAGACGGUGAGCAUAGCCAAGGCGGGCAUCACCACGUCACUCAACGCUCGCACCGCUGUGCUCGCUGCUGCCAACCCCGCCUGGGGCCGCUACGACAUGAGGAGGACGCCAGCGGAGAACAUCAACUUGCCACCCGCACUGCUCUCCAGAUUCGAUAUCCUCUGGCUCAUGCUCGACCGUGCUGACGUGGACGCUGACCUGGCGCUCGCCCGCCACGUGCUGCACGUGCACCAGCACUCUGCGCCGCCCGCUCUUGACUUUGACCCCGUUGACCCAACUCUGCUCAGGAACUUCAUAGCAACGGCGCGGACGUACUCACCGAGUGUGCCGGAGGAGCUGACUGACUUCAUAGCGUCGGCCUACGCGGGGCUCAGGCAGGAGGAGGCGGCCAGCGAUGCCCCGCACACCUACACCACCGCGCGCACCCUGCUCUCCAUCCUGCGCCUCGCUGAGGCGCGGGCGAGGCUGCGGCUGGCAGGGGCGGUGGCGCAGAGUGAUGUGGAGGAGGCGCUGAGGCUGAUGCACGCCUCCAAGGCGUCGCUGCAGACGGAGGCCCGGCAGCGAGCAGGGCUGGAUGCCAUCUCCGCCGUCUACUCCAUCGUGCGCGACGAGGCUGCUCGUGCGCGCUGCACCGUGGUGUCCUACUCCGACGCCCUCAACUGGAUCACCCGCAAGGGUCACAGCGAGGCGGAGUUGAGGGAGUGUUUGGAGGAUUAUGCAGAGCUCAAUGUGUGGCAGAUAGAUCAGGACUCCCUCACCAUCCGCUUUAUUGACUCUUGA